AUGCCGGUAUCCAGUAGCAUACCAAGUGCGCUGGCGGGUUACAAGGCGAACACUCAGACGUCUUUCAGUAGCGACCUCAAUGCAAGACAGGUUCAGACAAGACUUAAAAGCCUAAUCAGACGACAAGAGGACCUGCAGGAGACCAGAGAGGAGGCUCUCAUCAACCGUGAGGUUCUGAGUGAGAGCCGCCAGCACAUGCGUGAGCAGCGUGCUCGAACAGCCAAAGUCGAGGUCACCUUAAUGAACGCCUUCCGCCAGCACUACAACCAAAUUUCGCAAAGCAUCCCGGAGAGGCUCGCAGUGGCCUACAGGGCUGUUGAUGAGGAAAGAAACAAGUUGGGUUAUUUGGAAGACGAGUACCUUCAAGCUGAGGAAGAACAAGGGGCAUUGGAAUGGAAUUUCAUGGAUCUAGAAUCGGAUUUAUAUCAGUACGGACUGCGAGACAUCUUUCCCGAGUCAAACCUGGAAGGGCAUAGUGUUCCGGCGCUGGAAGACCACAUCCCAGCGCCCAGAUUACCCAAACCCAUGAGUCCUUCGACCGCGAUUCAGUACCAAGUGCUCACGAAAGAGCUCGAAGGACUUGUCCAACGAUUUAUGAAGCUUCGACAGCAAAUAUCGGAUAGACUCAUCAGCGCAACCAACUUGAGUGUCGAGGAUGCUGACUUGAUAGAUCUCGGUUCGAUCGAAUUUGUACAAUCCUUCCUUGACUUGCUUGAUCAAAUCACAAACGCCGAAGUUAGGGUCCAACACCUAAAGGCUACCAUGAUUCAGCAUGGUACUGAGCCUGUAGCGACAACUCGCAGCUUCUCCGAGCCUACUAUUCUUUCGAGAGACAGGAUUAGCCUCAAGAUGGUGUCACACACAAGGUCGGACGGAUCGUUGUCGCAGCUUGAGGACAGCAAUUUCAUCGUACAUCAUAUCAGGGACUGGCUAGUUGAAUGUUUGAGAGAGAACGUGGUUCAAAGAGUUCAGUAUCUCAGCACUUUGCACAAAGCUCUGAACUUUGUGGAAUCGUUGUUACCUGACGUGGCUCAGUGGGAGACUUUGGUUCGACAGCAUUGGGCCUCUAACGAAAUGGAGCACUUGGUUCAAUCUGUUUCAGUCACACCAUCGGCCUUUGAAGGGCACGAUCUGAGCCUCCAGGACAAUGAUUCAAAUAGCGCACUGCAUGCUUCUCGAUCCGAUGAAGCGUAUGCAACACAAAAUUCGCAGACAAUCGGGCUUGGCCUCGAUAAUACGGCACUGCUGCGUGGUCUGACCUCGCCGUCAGCUUCCUGGACCGAGUGUUCGAUCCCCCCAAGCAUUGAUCUGACAAACGACGAAACGUUGGACAUUGGUGUGGAGGCUGGCCACCGAACACCAGCCGAUAUUUUCAAUGCAUCUCAGGUGAGUGCAACCGAUAUUUUGAUGGCAAGAUGCGACAGUGCGCACGAUAGUGGAGCUGCUAAAUUUUCACGGACUGCAUCACCGCCCACGUCUCUCAAAGUCGUUGACGAACGAUCCCAGCCACGCGUGAGCGAGGUGGCAGAUCUUGUACACACAGAUCUUGAAGCUGUGAAUGCGGCUAUAAUGACUCCUGGGGUAACCUACUCCCAUUGGACCUGGUCCGUAGAGCUGAAGCGAGAAUUUUGUUACGGGUUUUCACUCGAUGAUACGGUUAUCGAAGUUCUAUGGCUAGAGAACACUAUCAGCAACGAUAUGGAUAGAUUAGUUGUCUCUGAUGCACAAUCGCACGCAUCAUAG